UUUCUCAUUCCGACUCGUAGCGCGAUACGUGGUGGUAGGCGGUGUUGCAGUGGUUAUCUGUGUAUGGCGGUGCUUCUGUCAAAUGCGCUGUUUUGAUAAAACUGUACAAGUAACAAACUAUGAAACUCUUUGUGUAUGCUGUAGGAUGGUUUGUGUGGGAUUAACCUUUAGAAGUCCAUGGUGUCUUCAAUAGGCGAGCGCAAUGCUGAGGUUUGGCACCGGAGCCCGCGUCCAGAUGUCAGCACCUCUCGCCACACUCCAGGCGUGAGGCAUAUGGCCCAGCUAGCAGCAGUAUGGGCAACUCCACCUCACACGGUCUGCACAGGCGCACUGAGGAACACCAGUCUUGGACUAACUCAUACCCGCGGGAUCCACGCACUGCCCGGAGCGUGAAGGCGCCCCAGAAUAAGGUCCUCCCGGAGCGGAUUCCGGGGCAGCGACUCCGGGUCACUGACAAUGGGGCCAUCCUCCUGAACGGCGGCACAAUCAGCGGCCGGCGGCAGACCAUAUCGCUCGGGGAAAAUGCCACUAGGCAUGACCAGGGUCGGCCCGGUGAUGGGGGGCGUGUGUACCGAACUCGCAGCACGUCUACCCAUCAGCACCCGCGGCAGCCCCAUUCCGGCGGGAACGGCGAGGGUUUGGGCAAACGGUGUGGGAGCGAACCUGACCUGCGGCUCCCGCACUCGAACCACGUUAGCAGCCCCGCCAAGCAGCGCAUAUCCAGGUCCCGCAAGAAGUACAAAGCUCCAGCACCACCCCCAGAGUCGCAUGGUCAUGACAGCUCUUCACCAGAUUCCUCCCACUGGGACACACUAGAUCCACCUGCCAGGCGUGCCAGGUUAUUCAAGACUCGUGCUGAGACCAAGAAGACGGCUCAUGCAGCCAGUAGACGUACACUUGAACAGGAGCAUAUUGGCAAGACUGUGCCACCUCCAUCCAUCCAGCGGAGCCUGUCAUCCCCAGAGUUUCAGGCAGAGCUGCUUCAAGCUGCGCGCAGGCUCCGUUCAGGGCCCCCCGCAACAGUGCUCCGGGAAGCCCCUGUAGGGGAGGUGACAGUGAGGAGAGCAGGAUCAGGCAGAGAGUCCAUUGCAGAACGAGAACUAGCCUUGCCACUUCGGAGUGUGAACCCUGUCCCUCAGCUGCCACCACGCAAGAAGCCAGAACCCCCCAAAAAAUCUGGUGCACACUGGGAAAUCAUUCCUCCAGUGGCCACUUUGCAACAAGAGAGGCACCAUGGCGUGCCCGUCAAGACAUUCUAUUUUGGAAUGGAGCAGGGCGAAUGUGAGGCAGUGGACCGGUUUGCAGCUAGCUUGCGGGUGCCACAUGCACCUUGUAGCCUUUCCAGCGAGGAGCCUGAAGAAGAACACGUUGGCAGCAUUGCAUUGCAGCUAAGGCCAACACUGCCCAAGAAGCAACUUGAGAUACCUAGGUUCUCACCUACAGCAGCCUGGCGCCUGCUGGCCACACUGGAUGCACAUCAGCCUGGUGCCACAUCGCCAGCCCAGACAGAAGAAGGCUCCAUCCUGCUGGAGGAACGCAUCCAAAGGCUGUCCCGCCCUGUGGCACCACCCCCUCUGCAGCAGGUCCUGCAGCAACAGGCUCCAAGAAGUAGCCAUGACAAAUCUGGUGACUCUGGUAUUUCUGGAGAUGCAAGUCCAGUUGGGAUCCAUGAGGACCCUUCUGAAGCAGCAGCACCACUGUGUAGGAAGCCAAUGGUCCAGGCAGGGUCUGUGCGUCCACUUGUGAUGGCCUGGACCCCACAGCAGGACCUGGAAGAAGAUGAAGAGGAUUCCAGCUCUGAUGGGGGAGUGGAGGUUCCUCCUGCCACCAGCGCUGGGGCUGUGCAACCCAAGUUCUCCCCACGCUCUCACGUCUUCUCCCUCUCUCUGCCUCGCGAUGACAGGCUGUGUCUGUCUCUGUAUGCGGACAAUGCUGAUGUUAUUGGCUCCAAGAUGGUACCACUGCAGAUGCGAGACCAGCGGGAAGCACAGGCCUCCUUCAACAGCCUCACAAAGUUGCGUCGCUCAGUAUCUGGCAUCCUUGGGGCAGCGCUAGGUAGUGUCAGUGCAGGAAGUCCCACAAGGGGUGAACCUCUUGAUGAAAAUUGGCUUCUUAGCCGCAGUGUCCCCAACUCCCUGCACUUGGAAACCACCUGGGGAGCUCAAACCAGCAGCCCCUCAUCUCCUGACCAGGAUAUUCGUCCCUCCUUUUCGUAUCUUGCUUCAGGUGGCCAUGUUAUGUACCUUCCUGAGUAUCAAACCCAGUGCCAGACUUCUGCUGAAGACAUGUCAUUUGGCCGAGGGAGGUCCCACAGUGCAGGUGUAGCUGCUAGUAAUCUCCGAGCCUCGGUGCCACUUUCAAAGUCAUGUGACAACAUAUCAGCAGCAUCAGAAAUGCGUCAGCUGGGUAGGACUCCAUCCCCUGACAGGAGGAAUGUAGUGGAGGUACCUCAGACAACACCUGCGCCUGACAAAAGAGGCAAAGGCAGACGUUUUACUUUCCAGAGCACAGUGAGGCAAAUUGAACGCCGCAGAUUAGCCGAGAAACUUUCCAGGGAAGCAGAACUGAAAGAGAGGCAGCGUCUGGGAGAGUUAGAAGCAAUGCAGAGAGUGGAAGAAGAAUUCCAAAGGAAGCGAGCACGUGAAAAAGCCAGCAUCCGCCAACAACUUCGGCUGUUCAGCUUGGAUGAGAACAUGUACUCAUCACUGCCAUUAGGGUGGGGGGACACAAGGGCUGAUCCGGAUGGGGCUCCUUCAUCAACACCUUCCCCAGCAUCUGGGGCAUCAUCUGGACCAUCAGGGGCAGGCAAGGCACCGAGACAGACUGCUUCCACCCAAGUGCUAUCAGAGUUCCAUCAGCCUAGCAGAGAAUACAGAGAGUACAGGCAGUCCAGGUACCUGGACUCUGGGCCAGAAUCACUGAUGCCCCACAUAGAGCCAAAGCGCACCACUGUGCACCAUCCGCAGGUAGUGUACGACAUGCCGAAGAGCACCCAGGUGUAUGUGGCACCACGUCACCGUGGUGACACCGAGAUGUCCACCCCGCGUUCUUCGUCAUCAGACAACUACCGCAGGGACUUUGCCCUUGGUGCUCGACCAGGACGUUCCCUGGCUAGUUCUGAUUCAGAGCUGUCCCAACCUGCCACUCGGCCAGUCUCUCGACGUCAGCAUCGAAGCAGGUCGGCCAGUCCAGCUUCUGGUGACCAGAGCGCUUUCUCCAGUCCAGAAGAGGUUCCAAAAACUGAUAAGAUAGUAUCAUGCAGUGAAGACAGAACGAUGGAAUCUCAGCUGGCAAAGGCCUUUCCACCGAGUCACUUCAGCCUCACAGCCGUGAAGCCAUUCGUCCGGAAUAACAAGGGCUACCGACCCAUUGUGUUCAACCCUGGGGCUACCUCGUCCCACAAUGUUGCUCAAACUGUUAGCUAGAAUUAAGGACAAUCAGCAUAGUUUACUUUAAAAUAAUGGGCAAGUAUAGGUUAUUGUAUAGUGACAGUGUGUUCCAAAAGAAAUAUUCUUGUAUGUUGAGCCAUUCAGGUGCACCAGUAGUCAACAACAUUCUGAAUGAUUUUCUAUGUAUGAAGUUGCCAACAACUGAAAGUGAGAAAUCAGGAUUGUCUGUUGUUCACCAAUUAACUGCAGAUAUUCAGAUUAUGGAUUUCUGCCAUUAUAUAAAACACGCAGGGCUCCAGUGAAGCCAGAGCACAGCCCUGCCACUUCUUUUAAUAUUAAAUUCUUAUAGUUUUCAUACAGUUUAUUAUAAAUCACAUUACAUCAUAAAAUAAUAUCAAAUUACUCAGUACUGUGGCAUAUUUUGGCUCUCAAAGAAUAACAGUUACCCCUCAUAAUGGAUCUUUGAGACACCAAACAUGUUGGGGUAUGGCAUGAAUAAAUUUUAUGUUGCAACUUGAUGGUGUCUGCUACAUUUUAUUGGGCCAUAAUGCAUUGCAGUUUUACACAAAUCAAUGUGAAAAUUGUUAUAGCUUAAUUUUAUGUUAAUUUUUCUGUUUUUUUUUUUUUUGCAUCAUGUUGUGUUUAAAAUUCCAAGUACUAGGGCUGUUGACACAACAAAAUAAAUUAAAUUUUAAUAAAAUCUAUUAAAAUCAAAAUGUCGACGGUUUUAAUCAGUUUUAUUGUUUCAUUCGACCACUACAUAUUUCAGCCAUUUACUUGUUCUCUUUAAAUGUGUUUUGAAUAUAGCAAGUCAAAAAUCCAGUUUCUGUGAAAGAGUGGCCUGGCCCAGCAGGUAAAAUCCCAGUAUGGGGGCAUGGUAGUAAAUGUGUAAAUGUGUUAAGGAUCACCCUAGUUCAGAAGUCAUGCUGUACACCUCCUUAUCAUUAUAUCAUGGUUGCCUGUAUUUAUCAAUUUAUAUCUCAGAAAAUAUUGAUGUAUAUUGUUAAGAGUUAUUUUUGUAUUUAGAGCACUUGUACUAUUUGUGCUUAUAAUUGCAGGUGUAAAAUUGCUGCUAUGAGAAACAUCUGACUGUUUAUCAGAGCAUUUUAUGCAAUGUUCACUUUGUGCCAACGAACGUACUGGAGAGUCACGAGGUUGGGAUCACUGUGACACGUGGUCAUGGUUAAACAUCCAGGUCAUUAGGAAAACUUAAGAGAAAUAAGAGGUCCUCAAACUAUGAAGAUUUUGUCUUCUGAGA